CAAUCCCGUUGCCCUUGUCAUACAAAGUUAGCCGAGCCCCUCGUCAGCCUCCCCCUCCCGGAGGGUAUAAAACCACCCUGGGGCGCGGCACCGCCAGCCCCCGGCGCAGCACAGGGCAGGGCUCCAUCCCCUCACCUUCUGCUGCUCCUCGUAAUUCAUUCAUUUUUGGGUUGGAGGGGAACCCUCUCAAGGGGGUGGGGCUUCCCUUUUUUAAUUAAUCAGGGUCGGAACUCAAUUCAUUGCAGAAAAUCCCUCCGUAGCCAGGGCAGCAUGAACGGGACGGAGGGGAUCAAUUUUUACGUGCCUAUGUCCAACAAGACCGGGGUGGUGCGGAGCCCCUUCGAGUACCCGCAGUACUACCUGGCCGAGCCCUGGAAAUACCGCCUCGUGUGCUGCUACAUCUUCUUCCUCAUCUCCACCGGCUUCCCCAUCAACUUCCUCACCCUCCUGGUCACCUUCAAGCACAAGAAGCUUCGGCAGCCCCUCAACUACAUCCUGGUCAACCUGGCGGUGGCUGACCUGUGCAUGGCCUGCUUUGGUUUCACCGUCACCUUCUACACCGCCUGGAACGGCUACUUCGUGUUCGGCCCCAUUGGCUGUGCCGUGGAGGGAUUCUUUGCCACGCUGGGAGGCCAGGUCGCCCUGUGGUCGCUGGUUGUCCUGGCCAUCGAGCGCUACAUCGUCAUCUGCAAGCCCAUGGGCAACUUCCGCUUCUCGGCCAGCCACGCCAUGAUGGGCAUCGCCUUCACCUGGGUCAUGGCCAUUUCCUGCGCCGCCCCGCCGCUCUUCGGCUGGUCCAGGUACAUCCCGGAGGGGAUGCAGUGCUCCUGUGGGCCCGACUACUACACCCACAACCCCGACUUCCACAACGAGUCCUACGUGCUCUACAUGUUCGUCAUCCACUUCAUCAUCCCCGUCGUCAUCAUCUUCUUCUCCUACGGGCGCCUCGUUUGCAAAGUCCGCGAGGCAGCUGCCCAGCAGCAGGAAUCGGCCACGACCCAGAAGGCGGAGAAGGAGGUGACGCGGAUGGUGAUCCUGAUGGUGCUGGGCUUCAUGCUGGCCUGGACGCCCUACGCCGUGGUGGCGUUCUGGAUCUUCACCAACAAGGGCGCCGACUUCACGGCCACGCUGAUGGCAGUGCCUGCCUUCUUCUCCAAGAGCUCCUCCCUCUACAACCCCAUCAUCUACGUGCUCAUGAACAAACAGGUGAGACACCCACAUCUGGGGGCUCCACGGGCACGUUGCUCCUUCCCAGCAGGAUCUCAGUCCAUCCUGGUCCUGUGGCACGUCCCUCCUUGCCCCCAGUGCCACCAUUGUCCUUUCUCUCCCCUCCCCAGUUCCGUAACUGCAUGAUCACCACAAUCUGCUGCGGCAAGAACCCCUUUGGGGAUGAAGAGACCUCCUCCACCGUAUCCCAGAGCAAGACCGAGGUCUCCUCCGUCUCCUCCAGC